GGCGCGGCUUCUCUGGACCAAAAUGGCGGCAGCACUGGCUCCUCGCAUCCCGUAACAGAAACACGGACUACCCACGUGAAUUUCACCUUCGGAGGACUCGCAGGUAGCCUCAAAGAAACAUGUCCUCUCCAGAGAUCGCCUCGCUCUCCUGGGGCCACAUGAAGGUGAAGGGAUGCUCCUCCACCUACAAGGACUGUAAGGUCUGGCCUGGAGGGAGCCGAGCCUGGGACUGGAGAGAGACUGGGACUGACCAUUACCCUGGAGUGCAACCUGCUGACCUAGAUGAGGUGCUGAAGAAGGGAAUCGACCUGCUGGUAAUUGGCAGAGGCAUGAGCGAGGCUCUGCAGGUUCCCUCCUCCACCCUGGACUUUGUGAAGCAGAAAGGCGUUGAUGUAAAAGUCUUCCAGACGGAGAAGGCUGUCGCUGAAUACAACAAACUGGCCGGCCAGGGUGCAAAGGUGGGCGGGGUUUUCCACUCCACCUGCUGAUGUCACCCUUACCUUGCUGACAUGGCCACCUGAGGAGGACUCUACAAGCUCUUUCACUGUAGAGAGAAUAUCCCACUGUGGUGCUGAAGCUUUGAGUUCACUGUGAAGAUGCAAACAAGCUGCCGACUAAAUUUUAGCCUCACUUGCAUUUGUGACUUCCUGAUUAUGAAAACACAAUAAUGGGCAUAGACUGAUAGACUCUCCUGCUUUCUGUUGUGCUACAGGGCUCAUUAGUUUUCUAUGCUUUGCACAUUAGAGAGCACUCUUUCCUUCCUGCCUGCCUUAAAAGCCCAAACUCAUCUGCUGAUGAAUUCAGCACAAAAGAAGCCUUCAAACAACAAGAGCCACCGAUAACAGUUGAAACAGAGUUUCUGUAGGUAAACGUGUGGAACGAUUGUUGAUCUUUGCCUGCAGCUGUUUCAUGGCUUAGUCUCUGUCCACAGGCUCAGCAGGAGCCAAUCACAGCACAGAAACUAGGUCCAUUCACACCUGUGGCCAUUUUAAAAUCAGGUGGAGAGACCGGCACAGAGAGAACAUCCAAACUGUGGUUAACACAGAGUCAAAUCUUUAAGUAAAUAAACAUCUUAAACAAGAGAAUUCACAAAUCGAGUCACCUUCUCUCUGAGAAAAGUUAUUUUAAAGGUGGUGGCAGAAAAGAAUGUAGAGCAUCUUCGAAAGCUCUUCUAGAGUUGACUUUAGAUGCAGUCACAUGUUAUAAAAGCUGAAAUGUAUGGAUGUUACCUGCUGUCUAAACAGGGAGGAGUUCAGUUUGAUUCAUCAUGUGACAAAAUAAAAGUGGAGAAUGAAACUUGA